AUGGUUGAAAAAACUCCAGGUACAACAAAACAGCAGUUACUCGACGAUGUUGAGAAGGAAGCGAUUUCAAAGAUUCCGAAUUUGGAUAUUGCACAACUUCGUUUUCUGCUGUCACAUCCUGAUAUUGAUUCGAAAGUGAAGAGGGAAAAGUGGGAAAAACUUAUUGAACUGAUCAAGGAAAAUGAAAUGGGACCAUAUUACAAACUCGUCUGUGCUGACAUCGGGACAACCAUGGAUGAAUCAUUAUUUACUGAGUUAAGGAAAGCAAAUGAGAAGCGUUUAAAAGAAAUAGACGACGAGAUAGCAGAUGCAGAGCACAACUUAGGGGAAAGUGAAGUACGACAGGCUUACCUUCGCAAAAGCGAAUAUUUAUGUAAAAUUGGUGAUAAAGACUCAGCAGUUGCAUCGUUUAGACAAACAUAUGAGAAAACUGUCGGCAUUGGCUACAGGAUUGACCUUAUUUUCAACCUUAUUCGGCUCGGUCUUUUCUUUUUGGAUCAUCAACUGAUAAAUGCAAAUAUUGCUAAAGCAAAGAAUCUCAUGGAGCAGGGUGGAGAUUGGGAGCGAAAAAAUCGUCUUCGAUCCUAUGAAGGUCUUUAUAAAAUGUCGGUGAGAGAUUUGAAGGGAGCUGCAGCACUUUUUCUAGAAGCUGUGCCAACGUUUGGUUCAUACGAACUCAUGACUUACGAACAACUUAUAUUCUAUACAAUUAUUUCGGCUGUGUAUGCAUUAGAGCGUCCUGAUCUACGCACAAAAGUUAUCAGAUGCAAUGAGAUUCAAGAACAGCUUACUGGUGGUGGUGAAAACAAUGAACUGGUGUCUGUGAGGCACUAUUUGGAGGCUUUUUACGGAUGCAGGUAUGAUGAACUGUUCGCGGUGCUUGCGAAAUUGGAAGGAGAACGAUUAAAAUUUGAUCGUUAUUUAGCACCACAUUAUAAUUUUUACUCGAGAGCAAUGCGUCUUAAAGCAUACGAACAAUUUCUUACUCCGUAUAAAACGGUCCGUUUAGAUAUGAUGGCAAAAGAUUUCGGUGUUUCGAAGGAAUUUGUUGACAAAGAGUUACAUCGACUGAUCGCCACUGGUCAGCUGCAUUGCAGAAUAGAUGCUGUCAGGGGAAUCAUAAUAAUGAAUCAUCCUGAUACUAAAAAUCAUCUUUAUCACAGCGUUAUCAAGGAUGGUGAUAUUCUCUUGAAUCGUAUACAAAAGCUCGCACGUGUGAUUAAUGCCUGA